AUGUGUACCAAGAAGCCCACUGCGUCGGGGACCACCAUGACAGGAUCCCCAAGGUGCUGCACGGGGCCACUUGAUGACUUUGUGUCCAUGCCGGCAGGUCGCCGCAUGCACCGACAGUGGAGGGGACUCACAGCCUGAAAUCGGAUCUGACGAUACCCUGCACAGCAUUCAGACGGUGCUGGCCAAGAUAGCAGGCAACAUGCUCACAAAAGCGGACACCAGUGUCCUUGUCCAGGAGAUCCAGAUGGCCGUCCGCGAGGACCUAUUGGCACUCCGCACUGACCUCAUGGCCCUGGAGGCCCGAGUGGAUGCGAUUAAAGGAGAGACACGACUAUGCUGCCAACAACACUGCGCAGCAGAAACUGCCGCCACCAGGCAAGGGAAUAUGCUGCUGUCCAUUAUAUAA